GUAGACAAGUAAUGAUAAUUAAGAAAAAUAUCAAUUAUGGGAUUAAUAAUUGAUUUGAUACCAUAUUCUCCAAACUAACAUAAUGAGAAUCAUUUGUUAGGUAGUAAGGAGAAUUACUAAUGAGAUCUUGGGAGUUGAAGGAUUAAUGCUGUUGAUCAGGUUUUUAGGGAAUUGAACAGAGGGUGAUGGCUUCCUUAACAACAGUUUUGGGAGUGAUUUCCAAUUAUAACAGUCUGAAAUUAGCUAUGAGCUGUAUAACAAUUUUACCAUUGUCAAACAGCUGACUUACCAUGUACCUGUACUUUGCCUUUAGAUCAGAGUCUUGUUUUUGGGCAGAACAUUUUAUAGAUAAUUUACGUGUACUAUCAUGUUAUUGUCUGUCAGGUUCAGCAGCACUUGGCUUCUUUGUACUUUUUACAUUAUCAGCAACAUGUUUAGGAAUGGGUAUUUAUAUGAUGUAAGUACAAUUAUGAGUUAACAUUUGUUAGAAUUUAAAUCUUACAUUGAAGGCGCUGUAUAGGGAGCAGGUUUCAUGUUUGGUUGAUAUGCUUGAAUGUAUUGCAUCAAGGUAGGGUUAGGGAGGCCCUAAAGAUAUUUUUUAACCUUAAAUCAAGCUUUUGACUUGCACACUACACUGCGCACACACACACACAUUGCUUAAAAAAUAUUGGAAUAUUGAUUUUUAGUUUAUACCACAGGUGAAUAGUUCUUUUUGUGCAUGGUGAUUGGCUGGUUCAGAAGUGAUAAGCAAGUACUAUUCACCUCUUAGCAGCUAAAGAGACAAAAUCACACAUUAACAAUUUACAGCUGUAAUUUCUGGCCAUUUUUUGGGAUAUGACAGAAAGAAAAUAAUUUUUUUGGUAUCUGUGUGGUAUAUACUAAAACAAUUAUUCACUUCAGUGUCAGUAAAAGUGGUGGAUAUUUACCUUGUUGUUUUGAGGCUAAGUAAACAUCCACCACUAUACACCUCCACUUCAGUGAGUAAUUGUUAAUUAUUACUAACUACCUAAUAAACGGCCCACAGAAAGAAUUUUUUACUGCCCACCUCUUGCUUUGACAGCAUGUAAUACAAGUUUUAAAGAUAAUUAACGUUUCAGAAGCAGGACUCAAAACAUUUAGUAGCUGACUGACUUGAUGAGAUUCUCAAUUGGUAUACCUUUUCCUAAUGCACCCUCUAAGGAGGUAGUCAUUCAAUUUAUGGGGAUGAGAAAUUGAUUGUAAUGUUGUUGUGUAAUUUUUUAGAAUGAUGGGUGCAGUUAUCUUAGCUUUUGAGGCUCCAAUGUGUUGCCAGUAUGUACCAGCUCUAGUAACCAUGAGUAACUGGAUUGAGAGUCACUUUAGAUUCUGGAUGAGAGGAUGCUUGUAUUUUCUGUAAGUUUUUAUUGUUCAUAAGAUUGCUAUUCAAGCCAAGUUACCCAUCAGCAUUACACUUUGAAGAGGUUUUAACAGUAUGAGCUUGAAAUAUGACCCAGCACAUGUAUGCUUAAUUCUUUAACUCUCAGAAAAGAUUAACAUGUAUUUUUUCCUUAUGAUAUCCAUACAAUAUACAGCAAACAGAUAUUGAAAACACUUAAACUUACAUGUAUCUUGUAGUAGUAGUUAUCUUGGUCUAACACCAAAUUCUUGUAACUGUUUUUGCAAAGAAAUGUGAGGCAGCUGGAGGGAAGAAUUAGAUCUUGGGAGUUUAAGGGUUCAUGAAUUGCUAAUGCAUUGUGCAAUCAGUGCAAUGCCUUCAAUAUAUAAGCUUGAUGUUUACUGAAUUCGGUUUUUGUUUAAUUAUCUAGGUUGGCUCUCCUUCCAAUUAUUUUUUGCCUAGAAGUCUCCACCUUUGUUGGCUGUGGCUCUGUUAUGAUCACAGCUGCUUUGUAUGGUGUUUUGGCCAUUGGGAAAAAGUAAGUGAAAAUUAUCUUAGAUAAUUGAUGUGAUAUUUGUUUACAAAUAAGUACACUGAUGUACAUUAGAAAUUAAUUUAUUUGGUACGUCCCUUAUCUUUUCCUCAUCUCUUUAUUUAUAACCCUUUCACUCACAAGAUUUCAUGAGUAGUUCUCUCUACAGACUGACAUAAAAUUCUUAUGAUGUUAGUUUGGAGAGUUUGGUACUGUAUCAACAAUAUUCUGUAAUAAUCCUGUUAAAUGAUAUUUUUCUUUACUCUCGUCACUUGCCUGCAUGAUAUUGUUUUGACAUUUUAAGGUAAAAUUCUGUCUUAGGUAUCCAUGGGAGUUAAAGGGUUAAGAGAUUUAAUGUGAGUUCUUCACUCACCAGACUUAAUAAGCCACCAAGUUCACCUGCCCACACUGAAAGCACUAGCAAGACCAUGAGCAUUCUAAAGCAUUUAUUCAAUUCAUGAUCAGUCUAGUGGUAACAUUGGCCAAGUUUUUCUUGUAAUAUCAUAAUGGUACAUGUUUGUUCUCUAUUGGACAAGAAAUCUUUGUACUUUGGUGUCCUUACUUAAAAAUACUUCAUCUUUCUUGUGAUAGAGGAGCAGAUGUCAGCAAGACUACAAAUUCCGAAGACAUUGAGAUGAAAACUAAUCUUGUUGACAAGAAAGGUGAUCCAAAUUAUGUUGAAGAAGCAGGACCUUGAAUUCAAUCAGAGAUUCAUGACUGUAUUAUUUAAACCAACAGUCUCUAGAUUCACUGUUCUAUUUAAAUUUAAAAUAUUUAAUCAAAACUAUAACAAAAUUCUCUAACAUGACUGGUUAUCACCAGCCCGAUUUGAGUACUAACAAGACAGUGUACAUGUCAUGCUUGUAAUUGUCAUGCUUGUGUGCACACUGUUGUUGCUUUUUUUAUGAAAACAUGAAACAGAUGUCUAGUUUCUUUCUUGGAUUUUGUUAUGGUUUUGAUUAAUUGGUCACAUUAAGACUUCAUGUUAUCCAAUUCUGUCUAUAAUCAUACUCAUGAUUAACAAAUCAGAGGACUGUGACACAGGAAUUAAUUUUGUUUAUCACUUGUAUGAUUAGGGAAGGAAUUGGACUCCACUCAUUCCUAUUAUUAUUACAGAUUGUGAAUGGGCAGUCUCAACUGAUAUUAACAGUUAGCUUUGUGCCUUCAUUGGUAGCUGAACAUGUACACCUGUACCUGAGAAAGCCUAAGAGAUUAUUUUAGGUAGUGGUAGUUUUGUCCUUGUUUUGUUGGACAAGGCAAUGGCCAGCAUUGUUGGUUGUAUAAUUGUCAGCUCAUAAACGAGCUGGACAUCAAACAAAGCAAUGAAAAAAUUGAUGCAGUUUAUUGGUCAAAACUUCAGUAGUGGGGUAUUGUAUGCUGAUGUGUGUGUGCAUGUAGGAUAGACUGUCAAGUUGGGAAAAAUGCUGAAAAAGUCGAGUACAAGGACAGACUCCUUCCUAAGAAACAAUUUAUCUGUUGAGAUAAAUUUUUGUGUUUUGUUUUUUUUAAUACUUGCAACUCUUUGUUCAAAUUUGGAACUGUAGAUGUCCUAACUCAAGUGAAAGUCUACAUGUAUUUACAAACAGUUUGGUACUGUUAACCCUUCAACUUCCAAGAUCCAAUUAGUAAUUCUUUGUCCUUAGUGCUAUACUUUUGCUUGUAAAUUCAACAGGAGAAUUUGGUCUUAUUCCGAAAUAACACCAUCCAGCAGACAAGCUUGUCUGUUCUCAUAACCUGUUUACAA